GUGUGCCGCUUCACAUAUACCACAAUAAAAUUAUCGAAUUUAGUAGUAGUAGGUAACAAACGUAUUCCUAACUUCUGAAUUUAAAUUAGAAACAACGAACUCAGUUAGAGGAAGUCGUUAGAUCGAGUUGUAUGAUAGUUGCUAUCAAUUGCUAGUUAAUUAAACAAUAUUCACUUAUUAUUUUAAACCUUUCUCGUGUGAAGCGGCUUUCUUGUACAAAGAGUAAUAAUGUCUGAAAACAAACCUGAUACAGUUCCUGGAUUAGGAUUUAAGGAUAAAGAUAAGGCAUUGGAGACAUUGAAAAAUUUAGAAGGGAGAGAUCCUGAUUACCAAAGACUCUCUAUUAAAGGAUUAAUCGGAAGAGCAAAAAGAACUCUAACUUUAACAAAGGACAAAGAGAAGAUACAAAACAUAAAUGAUGCCGUCAAAGUAUUUGAGGACUUCCUUAGAGACUUCGAAAUCAACAAUAUGUCAAAAGAAAACAGAGCAUACCUGCCCCUUGCCUCAGUUCAAUCAUUACUACCUCUAAAAGAAAAAUUCGAUAUUAAGGAUAAAUUAGUAGAAGCAUUUUUAGAAGCAUACACCAAGAAAGCCAAAGGCGAAUAUAAAAAUCUCAGAACUGUGUUGAGUGGUGAAGGAAAACCCUCUUGGGACAUUGUAAGAAAUGUGGAAAUUAAGAAAUUAUUAAAGGCCAUGGAAGAGAGUCGCCCAGAUAUGUGGGAAGACGAUUUACCAACCAAAGAACAUCUUGAGCUUAUAUUAUGGGCUUAUAGUCCAGAUGCCAGUAAAAUUAAAAAGAACGUUAGUAAUUACGAAGAAAAAUUAGGAUCUAAAAAACCAGAUAGCGAUGAAGAUGAAGAGAUGGACGACGACGAUGAUGAUGAUGAAGAGGAAGAAGAAGAAGAGAAACCCAAGAAGAAACCUGAAAAAGCCAGUAAAAGGAGAUCAUCAGGAGAGACAAAAGAAGGAUCUCCUGAAAAGAAACAGAAAAAAGAUGAUUAAAGUAUUUGUUGUAUUGUGAAAUAAGUUUUUUGUAUUAUUAUUUUCAAAUAUAUUUCUAUUAUUUCUUA